AUGUUUAAUAGUGGAGUAAAAGUGAUUUCAGUCAGUCAGUUGUAUAAAUUUAGUAUUACAAUAGAAGGUUUUUCAAUGAAAAAAAGAUGGGAGUUCCACAACCAAUCGAAUUACAAUCACAGACUGCUGGAGAUUUCAACAACUGGUAAAGUUGUUUUGGGAACUGGUAGAUCUAGUGCAACAUGGGAUGCUCAAUUAUUAUAUGGAGAUAGUUCAAUUUUAGGUUGGUUAUUCCCUUUUGGACAAUUAGGUCUUUUCAUAGAUAAGAGUUCAUCCAUUGGUCCAGAUUCAUUUGUAGGAAAGCUCUCAACAGAGAUCUUCCAACUUUCAUAUAUUAGUUAUUAUAUCUGGGGAUAUUUCAUGGAGGUUUAUGUUCUUUUCAAGUUGUGGCAAUCGUAUUUGUCCAAGGAUCCAGAGAAGAAUAAAGAAAUGCCAAUUUGGGAUCAAUUGUUAAAGAUGUUCAUUUGUUCAUGGAUCAGCACAUAUUUCGUUGUAUUUUCGAUCAAUUUGAUUUUCCCAGCUGAAAGUCCAAGAGUAUUCAUCAACGAUAAAUACACCAACGCUUUGAAUGGAUUCGGUUUGGCUGGAUUCAUCAGAAACAAGAUCGAGAGCGCAGCCAAGGGUAGCUUUGGUUCUUUCCCCAGUGGUCACAUCGCCACCAGUUGGGCAGUAGCAUUCGCAUCCUACAAGAUUGUACCACUCUACGGAUAUAUCUCUGCAUUUGCUGCAUUUUUAAUUACCAUUGCAACAAUGUACCUACGUUAUCACUACUUGGUCGAUUUCCUCGCUGCCAUUCCAGUCGCUUUCAUCUGUCUGAUGUUUGGCGGAUUCUAUUCACUGAAUGAUAUCAAGAAUUUGUUCAUAAGAGCAAAGAACUCCAUUAAAAGACUCUUUUCAAAAAAUAAAAAGUUUAAUCAUUGUAUUAUGUCAAACAAUAUUACUUCAUCCUCUUCUUCUUCUUUGUCAACUAAAAAUUGCUAUUGUGACCCGACAGUACCAUUCGGAUAUGAUUGUAGUUAUUAUGGUUGUAAAUCUUUUGCCUAUCUUUUCUUUUUCUUCUUUUUAUUUGCCACAGUAGGCUCUGUAUAUAGAUCUGUUUCACAUAGAAAUUCAAAAACUCUAUUUAUUUCAUAUUUUAUUCAAAUAAUUGGAAAUUCAAUGAUAACAAUAAGACAUUUAAUGUUAAUUAUUGAAGUAAGAGAAGUUUAUUCACUUGCUAUCCUACUUAUAUUUGGAGGUACAAUUAUUUAUAGUUCAUUCAAUUGGAUUCAAUUAUAUUGGUGUAGAGCUUUAAUUAUAAUUCUACCAAAAGAAUCCAUACAUUUAAAAGUAGUACGAAUUUUACGUUGGUUAUUAAUUGCAAUUAAUGUAUUAUUAUUUUUAUUAUUAUUUAUCGGAUUUGCAUUGUGGUGGCCCUAUGUUGCAACUAAUUUGUUGAUGGUUAUAUAUGGUAUAACAUCAAGUAUAUCUUAUCUAUACCUAUUAGUUCUACUAUAUAUGAGGUCAAGACAAAUCAAAAAAGAGUCACCUACUAUUCAAUCAGCUCAUAGUCCAGCCCCAAACAUUAAUAAUUCAAUAAACAAAGUUAUGCAUUAUGGAGCUUCAAUUGUGUUCACAGGUGCCCUAUUCGCUAUAACCUUGUUGAUAUUGACAUUUUGGACACCAAAUAGUGAUACUCAGAACGUAGUAUGGUUAUAUUUUAGCAGAGUCACUUUGUUAUUAUACUGUGUAGCAUUCCUUAGUUUCAAUGCAAUGGAUUCAACAACCUCCAAAACCAGUUCUACAACCAAAUUAAAUAUCAAUUCUCAUGAUGACACAAAGAAAAUAGAUAAUGAUCAUCUUAAAAAGAAUAUUGUUGUUAAAAAUGAAGAUAUAAAAUUAAAGUCUCUGAAUCCAGAAGUUUAG